ACACCGAUAAUAUAUACAAGUUGUCAAAUGUACCAUAUAUACGUGUUUGUGGUUUGUGUAAUACGCAUAGGUAGUGGCACUUUGUUAUUGAAUAUUUAUUUUUAGAACGUAACUGAAAAACCUAGAGAAGUUCCAUUUAGCGGGAAAAUUAUGUCUAAGCAUCAAGCCAUCAAUUGAUUUAUUUAGAUAUUGGAUAGUUUAAUUUCUUUAAGAGUUUCAGAUUGGAAUAAAAAAGAUGCCGAGAACGUACGUGAAUAAUUCAAUGAAUAGAAGUUUGGGUAGAGUCGGGAUGGCCCACGGCAGCAUGCCUGUAUCCCGUUCAGGUGGCGGUGGUGGCAGUAGUUACAGUGGCGGCGGUGGUGGUAGUUAUGGUGGCGGCGGCAGUAGUUACAGUGGCGGUGGUAGCAGUUACAGUAGCGGUAGCAGUUAUGGAGGAGGAAAUACAAAGACAUAUGUAGACAACUCUUCCAAUCGAAGUUUAGGUCGGGUCGGAAUGCCACAUGGUAGCAUGCCAGUAUCUCGUUCCAGUGGGAGUGGAAAUUAUAGUUCAGGUGAUACUAGUUCCAAAACAUAUGUAGAUAACGCGUCUAACCGUAGUUUAGGUCGAGUAGGAAUGCCACAUGGUAGCAUGGUUGUUUCAAGAAGUGGCUCAAGUAAUAAUUCGAGUCAAGCAUCUAUCAGUGGAACCAAGUCAUAUGUCGAUAACUCAUACAACAGAAGCAUAGGACGAGUUGGAUUGGAACAUGGUACUGCUGUGGUAUCGGGAAAAAGUCCUAUGAGUUACCGCGAAAACGUAUUCAACGAUAGUGGUAUUGGGGCCUCGUUCCAUGUAUCUCCGUCACCAUCAUCGGCCGCCAAAGUCUAUAAAGAUAAUCCUUUCAAUCGUCGCCUCGGGCGAGUUGGUUUACCGCACGGUGCUGCUGUACAUUCAAGAAACUCAACUUCACAAGCAUCUCCAGCAACAAAGAAGUACGUUGAUAACGCUCUCAACAGGUCAAAAGGGAGAGUUGGAAAGCCUCUGGGAUCUAUGCCUAUUUCCAGAAAGAGUACGAUUACUUCUGGAGCUUCGGAUAUAUACAGAAAUUAUAUGAGGGAUCCAGUAAGAGAAAUCGAUUUCUCAAGAAUGGGGAUAGACGAAGAACAGCAAUAUGAAGCUUGUGAUGUGGCCCUCAGUCUUAUACAUAGAAUGGAGGAGGUGAUGAGAUGGCAAAAAGAAACUAGUACGACACGUGAACCGCACACUUCCGAUCGGGUGCUGCAGAACUACAGGGGAACUAAAAUUGAUUUUAGCGACAUUGAAAUUAUGCAGAAAAUCGGAUCCGGUGGAUUUGGUGACGUUCAUUUUGCUAAGUGGAAAGGAACCGUUGUUGCUGCCAAAAAACUUCGUGUUCAGAGAGUGUCAAGGCGUAGGUUGAAGGAAUUUACAGAUGAAAUUUUCCUUCUCUGUGAAUUAGAGCAUCCCAAUAUUGUAAAGUUCAUCGGUGCUUCAGUCGUCACUCCAAAUUUGUGCAUUGUGAUGGAAUAUAUGCAGAUGAGUCUGUUCGAUGCACUGCAUAUCAAAGAUGACGUGGAGUUUUCAGAGAGAGAGAAGAUUGAAAUAAUUCAGCACACUGCCCUUGGUCUAGAAUACUUGCAUGAUGAAAAUAUUGCCCAUUGCGAUAUGAAAUCUCAGAAUGUUUUACUUGAUUAUGUUGCUGGUGAAACACUUGUUGCUAAGAUAACAGACUUUGGACUUAGUAUGAUGAAGAACGAAACCGAAACGUCAACGUCUGCAGGUGGGGAUUACGUACGCAACAUCGGAACCCCUCGAUACUCAUCCCCAGAGAAUUUGAGAGGUGAAUAUCUUCACCUUCGGGACUUAAUGAUGUCUGAUAUGUAUUCAUACUCCUUAAUUGUUUUCGAAGUUUGUUGUGAAGAAGAGCCGUUUUACAAGUUAAAUUACCCACAGCUGAGAAAACAAGUCGGCGAGUUGGGCCUUACUCCAGAAAUACCUCCCGACGUCUCUCUGCAUAGUAACGUACUUAGUCUAUUGAAUAAAUGUUGGGACCGUGAGCCGAGACGUCGUCCAACUGCCAAACGCUUUGCUGAAUAUGCAUUACAGUUUGAUGCCAUUUAUCAAAUUAAUUGAAAGAGGACAUGAAAAUGCCAAGAUUUGAGUUAAGACAUUCAUAAACUUAUUAUAUUAACUUUACUAAUAUCCAUAGUGGGAUUUGAUAUUGACAAAAAGUUACGAGAACUGGAUUUAAUAUUUUAUGUAGUUAGCUGUUACAUUUAUAUAGUGCUAUUUUUGUUGCUUAAAAGUAGUAUGUGACUGAAAUGAAUCGAAAUGUUUUUGUUAGUGAUUACAAUUAUCACGAAUAUUUUUGUAAAACGAAUAUGUUUUUUUUUUUGUUCGUAUAUACCAAACACUUCAUUUCAAUGAGGCCAAAAAAAAUAAUACAUGUGUUUCCGCUAACCCUACCUACCCCAAUUUUUAGUGCCUACCCUAACACAUUUAUGCCAUUUUGGAACAAGCACUGUUAAAGUCAGAAUGAUUCCCUAGUAGUAACCAACUAAAAAAUGCUUGCAAAAUAAAAUUAAAUAAAUUGCCUACGUACCUACCCUAUUUUUUGUUUGGACGUUAGCGGAAACACAUGUAUUAUUUUUUUUUGGCCUGAUGAGAUAUGUUUUGUACACUGUUGCUCAGUAUUGCAACGAUCAUUGAACCUCCUUCAUAUAACUUAAAAAGUCGAACAUUUAUUCAUAAUAGUGAAGAUGCUUUUACAUCCAUGAAAUACCUUUUAAUUUCUCACCAGGAAAUACCUGUUCUGGUUUUGGGGGAUUUUCUGUGAAAGACAUCUAUUUUGCAUACUAAGCCAGUAAGGCCAUUUAAUUGCGUAAUACAAUGAUAAUGAGUUUGUACACUGUAUAUAUUAGUCUCUCUUUCCCCCCUCUCUCAUGCUGCAUAAUAAAACCUGAUGUCAUGUA